AUGACUUUCACCAGGGUGCUACACGUCGCGGCUCUGUUCCUGAUGCAAGGGGAUUUUCCAGGAGCUGGCAGUGAAACCAUAACUCUAAGGGAAGGGGAGGACCUAAAUCUCCGCUGCACCCUCAGGAGUGACGAUGGCUCUGCCCGGCAGUGGUUAAACCCUCAUGAGUUUACCAUUUUUCUAAACACCCAGCAGCCUUUAAGAGAUCAGAGAUACAAACUUAUCCAUUAUUCAAAGGACGAAUUAUCCAUCCAACUGUCUAACGUAACAGUGCACGAUGAAGGCGUAUAUAAAUGCUUCUACUACAGCACCCCGUUCAAAAGCAAGAACAAGACUGUUGAGGUAUUAGCUGCUCCUUCUAAUCCAGUACUGGAAGUAUCCCGAGACACAGAAAGAAGCAUUACACUGUCUUGCUAUACCCAAGGAUGUAAACCACAGCCCCAGAUUACCUGGCUGUUGGACAACGGGAUAGAGCUCCCUGGUGACACUAAGCACAAGUUAGAAGCUGAUGGGAAGAAAUGGACCACAACCAGCACGCUGACAGUCCUCGCCUAUGGGCCCAAUUCAACAGCCAGCUGCAUCGUUCGCCACCAAGCACUAAGAGAAGAGAAGCUGAUGGCGUCUUUCCGGUUUGAGGACCUCCCUAGGACAGGGACAAAAAUAAAUCCUGCACCAGCUGCACUAGAGGUGGAUACACGUGCGUCUGAGAAUGAGCAAUCUACAGUGACCGCAGCAGUGUCAGAUCUGAACAGCAGCUCGGCUUCCGCUCCAAGCUACCCACAGCAUAUUGGAUCCGAACAACCAACCGUCCCUUCUGCAGUACCAGAGGAUCCAGUAGUUACCAGCUCAGCGUCAACACCAACCCAGCAAAACCUCCGACGAGAUGUCACAUCUACUUGGACUGAAACAGCAUUCAAUGACAAUGUCACAGAAGAGGAACUUUCCAGGACAGAAGACCCACUACCAAGUGAAAAUGUAACUGUGAUUUCCAUCACCACCUUUGAGCAAGAUCUGAAAUCUGAAGGCAUCAAAAAGAAAGAGAAUAAUCUCUUGCUGCCAAUCCUGGUGGCUGCUCUAAUUUUCGUGCUGCUCGUCAUUGUCCUGCUUUUUAUGAGGAAGCUGAAAAAAGCCCAUGGAGUGUGGAAGAGAGAAAAUGAUGUUUCAGAGCAGACACUGGAGAGUUAUAAAUCCAAAUCUAAUGAAGACAGCGCGGGCCACGAGAAGAACGGACACGUUCUCAAUCAGAAGUCCAACAUGCAAUAUGUAACAGAAGGAUAUGUGGAAACAGCCCAGAAGAAUCCAAGAGACAAAAACAUUGCAAUAAGUGAGAAACUGUUUGGAUGUGGAAAGGAAACGGAUGUAUAG